AUGUCGUGGAAGAGGUCGACGGACAUGCGUGACUACUGGAACCUGCCCCCCCGCCGCCUGAGUCCCCCUCCCACCCCCCCGCCGACUCCCCACCAGGGCCAACGGCAGCGAAGCUCCUACAUCCCCGUCCCCAGUCUGAAGAAGAAGGAGAGCACGGCCAGCGCCAUGUCGGAUCACCUCUACUACGCCCACACGGUCCGUCCCCUCUAUUCCUUCCAUCACAGUCACAGUCCGAGCCCGGAAUUCCCGACUCCCCCGGACACGCCCGACGACCCUCUCGUCAAGACGACGUUCAGGUCUUCUCGAUUCCGACCGCCUUCUCGACCCAGUCCGGUGGGAUCUCGUCCGGGAUCCGCCUGGUCCGCGAAUCAGAUCCAACCCGUGGACCCCAGGAAAGUCCGAUUCGUGACCCCUCGACCCCGGCCGAUCCGAGUGCAGGGAACUCGACUCGGACAGGAUUUCGCAGCGAGUCACGCGAACGGCGCGACGACGCGGGAAGUGACGGUGGAGCCGGCGGUCCAAGGUGUUCGCGCCCUGAGGGCGAGUCUGAGUCGAUCGGCCGGGACGCAGAUCAACGAGGAGGAUCUCGACACGGAGAUCCAGACUUUCCGUUUGAAUCUGUUUCACGAGGACGACGGGGACGGGAAUCGGGCCGUCCCCGUGCUCGGAAACGCCAAGAAGGGAAAGGCCGUGUACGUGAACGAGAGCGACGGGAGCUGGAAUUUCCACGACGAACUUCAGAAGGCGUUGGAAGCGGUGAGACGCGGAGACCUGACGGAACUGGACCGUCCCUGCCCCACCUGUGCCAUGGGCGUCUACGGGUCGAGAGCGGAAUUCCGCCACUGCCGCGACCGGAGCGUGCAGACCCACGAGGCCUCCUUCUACCUCCGAACGUUCCCGGACGGAAGAGGUUGCUGCAGGUGGAUGGACGAGAUGCUGGAGUCGCCGGUGAGCGAGGCCAGGCCUUGGCUCGCGAGGACGUGCCUCGGCGUCGUGCUCUCCGGCCUCGCUCUGUGCGUGUUCGCGGUCGCCUGGUCCGUCGUCGGAGGCCUCGCGUUGCUAUCCCUGGAAGGGGUCGGGUGGGAGGAGCGGCGGAGGGCGUUCCUCGACGCCCAGUCGGGUCUCGUCUACGACCUGGCCACGGAAUUGCGACAGGUCACGCCUCACGAGGACGUGUGGAAGGAGAAGAUCCAGGAGUACGUCGGGAAACACGAGGAACUCGUCGUCUUUCAUCGUCCUUCCGAGGGGACGAUGAGGUUCGGGCUCGGGGGAGCCUGGCUUCAGGCCCUGUCCAUCAUGUCCACCUCUGGUUUAGGUUCAUGGCCGAAAUCUCAUUGGAGCAAGGUGUUCCUCAUCCCAUUCGCCCUCGUCGGGAUCCCUGUUUAUUUCCUGAUCGUCGUGAACCUCGGCUCUUCCCUCGGAUACAGCAUGGCCAAAUUGUAUCGAAGAAUCUAUGGAGCUUGGUCCAUCUACAAAGAGGGUCAGGGAGAAGUGCAGAGUGUGAAGUCUAAUGGGAUUCUUCCAUCCGAUAAGGUGUUCCAUGUCCGCCUCGAAGAAGAUCGGGGAGAUCAAUCCCAUCGAAGCAAAGACGAGGAUCAUCACGUCGAGAAGAGAAGCGGUGAUGGGUUUCCGACCCCUCAGGUUCCUCUGCUUCUCAUCCUCUUCGUUCUGUUCACCUAUUACCUCUUGGGUGUGGGUGCCUUCACAGUCUGGAUGGAGAUCGAAGAUGCCUUCUUCUUUCCCUUCCUCCUCCUAUCCACAAACGUCUCUUCGUACCUUCAUCGUGCUUUUUGGCAGGAAUGUUUCAGCUGUGCCUACACGCUCCUCGGCCUUGUUCUUCUCUACGCUUGCUUCCUUCUCCUUCGUUCUAGACUUUUCUCCUUCAUCCGCCGUGCUAGCAAACCCGUCCGUGCCCUCGUCCUUGCCAAAUGGCAAUGA